GUUGAGUUAAAUGUCAAACUGUUUAAAUCGCCUGACCAUGUUCGUCCGCAUUUUUUUGACAGGGAUUCCUCAAAUACAGCCCUGUUGAAAUUGAUAACAUUUUUGAGCACCCCUACAUCUGACGGUACGGAGCAAGCAAACGUCCAAGUGUAAACAAACUUGCGUGACCGGUGUUUUUCAUAUCCCUUACUUGCGCGAUAUAUUUGUGAACGAAAUUUGGAAGAAAUUAACAGCAAAAUUAUUCAACUCGCGUGAAGUAAUAAUGUCCCAUCCCUUGCUGCGUGCGCCACGACCAGUCAGCGUUUUAAAACAAUAUUUUAGUAGUUCCGGUACCCGGUGUCCUAGUUCCAAAGAGAUUCGACAGCGAUUUUUAGAUUUUUUCAUUAAUGAAAAUGACCAUCAAUUUGUACGGUCCAGUUCAGUUGUUCCGUUUAGUGACCCAACCAUUGCAUUCGUGAAUGCCGGAAUGAAUCAAUUUAAAAAUGUGUUUCUGGGUACGGCAGAAGCACCCUGUCGGAGAGCGGCCAAUUCUCAGAAAUGUGUUCGCGUUGGUGGAAAGCAUAACGAUAUCAACGUCGUCGGGAGUGACGGUUAUCAUCACACAUUUUUCGAGAUGCUAGGUAACUGGUCAUUUGGAGAUUACUUCAAAUCGGAGGCAUGUGAUAUGGCUUGGCGACUUUUGCGAGACGGCUACGGAAUCGACAGCAGGCGCUUGUAUGUUACAUAUUUUGCGGGCGACGAAGCGAUGAGAUUGCCAGCGGAUUUGGAAUGCAAAGAUAUUUGGAGGCAUUUAGGAGUUCCAGAAGAACGAAUUCUACCCUUCGGUGCACGGGAAAAUUUUUGGGAGAUGGGCAGUUCCGGUCCAUGUGGUCCAUGCACGGAAAUCCAUAUUGAUCAUUCCGAUCGAUUUCUAGAUACAGCUACACGGAAACGUCUAGUUAAUGGUGAUACACCAGACUUGACAGAGGUGUGGAAUUUGGUGUUUGUACAGUACAACAGGAGUCUUCAGAAUGGGCAGAUAAGUGAUCUACCUCAGCAUCAUGUUGAUACUGGCCUAGGUUUCGAGCGAUUAGUGGCGCAUCUGCAGCGGAAAAGCAGCAAUUAUGAUACCGAUUUGUUUAUACCGAUCAUUGAACACAUCCACAAGGUCUCAAAAAAACGGAAAUAUCAAGGAACAUUCGAUGUCAACGAUGAACAGUACAAACUAGACAUAGCUUAUCGAAUAGUAGCUGAUCACUCAAGAAUGAUUACGGCAUGUUUAUCGGAUGGAAUGUUUCCAGCGUUAAAUCACAAGCUACGUCGCAUCGUGCGUCGCUCGAUUUCACUUUCGGAACGUAUCUUUGGUUGCCCGACCCUCGUACGUCAACUAGUUCCCGUCGUGGUAGAGCGUUUGGGAGACACAUAUCCCGAAAUGGGAAGGAAGCAAACGGAAACGCAACAAAUCAUUCAGCAUGAAGAGCAGUCUUACCAAAAACUUUGUUCUAACAUGCGUAGCGAAUCACGUACACUGUUAAAGCAACUUUCCUACCUCGAUGAGUCCGAUAUAAUCGAUCAUCCCGGUUUGCCACACGCAUUGAAAGAGAUUCAUAGACUGAAAACAAAAGAACGAGUUGUUGGUCUCAAUGGAGAGCAGAUACAUAAGAUGUAUGAUACCUAUGGUUUAGACGAGGACUUGCUGGUUAGGAUUACUCAACACGAACGAAUGGAGUUGAAUUUGGCGGGGUACGAGAGUUAUUCCAAACGCCUAAAAGACGGAGCCAAGCUUGAGUUGGCCGCCCGAAUGCAAGAAAAUUUGAAUGCUUCUUAUAGUUUAAAGCAUGAUUUAAACGAAAAACAAAAUUGCCCUACUCGCAACGAGUAUAAAUACAACUAUGUGUACAGCAAGGACAAACAAAUGUACGAAAUUCCUCAACUGAAAACCAAGAUUACCUCAAUGUUUACGACCGACAAUGGACUGUGUCAUGUUAUUACCGAGAAAAGCAACCUUUACUACGAAUCCGGGGGACAACAAAGUGACAAGGGACGACUGUGGAAGGCGAACGAUGCUUCCACUCAAUACGAAGUGAAAAACGUUACUGAACACCAAGGAUUUGUACUGCACACCAUCGACGAUGGUCGAGCACUGUCUGUCGGAGAUGAAAUCAUCUUAGCAGUGGAUCCUAUCAGGCGAAGCUCUAACAUAGUACAUCACACGGCAACACAUUUGCUGAACGCUAUCGUCAGAAAAGUGCUAGCAGUUCCAAUUUGCCAGAGAAGCAGUUUUGUUGGCGACAAAGGACUCAAACUAGAGCUGGCAAUAUGUGGUGCUUCAGUCGAAACCGUGGAUGUAGAUGCCAUCGAAGAGCUAAUUCGGCAAGUUAUUCUUCAAAAUGAAACAAUAACAACUCGCAUUUGCAAUGCUGGCGAUGUUGAUUUGGAUCGGGUCACUAUAAUCCCAGGUGAAGUAUACCCCGAGCGUGGUCUUCGGCUUGUGGAUAUUGGAUCCUCGAUUUCAACCGAAUUUUGCUGCGGCACGCACGCUCAGUUUACCGGCGAACUGCUGGAUUUUUGCAUCAUCAACGUUACGCAAACUAAGCCAGGCUGCUACGCUUUUCAGGCAAUUGCUGGGCAAUCGGCCAUCAAAGCUCAUCAGCUAGGACAACAGAUUUCCGACGAUGUCAAUCAACUGAAGCAUGAUAUGGACAAACAGCUAAUCAAAAAAACGGCAAACGUCGAAACCCGUAUGCAACGGUUAAAGAAUGUACUACUCGUAGGCUCGGAGAACAACAUCAACCUACCGUACGGAGUUCGGCAACGUUGCCUGGACGUCAUUCAAGAUUUGUACAAACGGUUGAAAGAUCACACACGCGAAUCGCUUCGCGAAUUUAUUGAUAUGGAAAUGAAGAACCUUUUACAGGAAAAACCAUUGGAGAAGUACCCAUUUGUGGUACAUUUUCUGGAGAGUUCUCUCAUUCUUGAAGAGGUUCAGUUAAGCAAAGCAACGCGAUAUUUCCCGGAUCGGCCGAUCUUGAUAGUUAGCAUUACGGACGAUCAGGUAAAGGCAAGAGCAACCGUGCCAGCCGGGUGUGUUAGCGAGCGGUUCGAUGCGCAAAAAUGGCUCAAAGUGGUUGGAAAAGUGUUCAAAUCUAGUGUUGCUGCACCCAGAGGUCAGAAUAUUGCCGAGGUUUGUAACAUGCGAAGCAGAAAGGUUAAAACGCUGCAGUUUGAGGCGUUGCUUGAACUGGCUCUGAAGGAGGCAGACGAGUUUGCUAGACGAAAUAUGCAAUAAAAUUGUAGGUAUGAUCAACGUGUUAACUAGGUAUAUAGUGGAUAUUAAAGCUACUUAAUUUUAUGGAAGGCUUUUUCUUGUUUUGAUCGCAAUCUGCCUAGCAGACAAAUCUAUGUUAAGGGAUUCGAUUAGAAAGCAGAAACUUUGCAGUUAUAUUUGGUUUAUGAAUCACCAUGUUUUCAA